AUGCUCAGCUGUUCUCGAAUUUCCUCUAGAAUAGCAGUGAAUACCCUCAGGAGCUCGGGUCACGCGCCCUGCAUUACAGCUCUCCGCGCAAUGGGAAGGCGGAAGGAGCGUGCGGGUGAUUCGGCGCCCGCAUCGCCGCUGUUGACUGGCUGGAGAUGGCCCCUGGUGUUCCUUCUAGUAGCGGCCGGGGCUGCCUACAUCUACCAGAGGACGACAGUGGAACAUCACAGUGGAAAGAAUCAAGUUAUCGUCGUGCAACGGGAAAAACUCUCCGGUAGAAGUUACAGAGAAGUUGCAGAACAGCGGAUGCCACUCAUUCUCACUGGCACUGUGGCAAACAAAUGGAAAGCUAUGAGCUCAUUCACCACAUCUUUCCUAGCUCAGAGACUACCAUUUGUGAUGGCACACAGACAGGAGAAGAAGAGAAAUUUCGUGACUUUCCACGACAACAAGCCGCUGCAACCUCUUGUCAAUGAGAAAUGGGAGGAUUUCAAUGUGAAAAUUAACGCUACUCUUCCUCAAGUUCUUGGCUGGGAUAGUGAGGUAAAGGAUCCGUCGACAGGCCCAUUUCUAUACUUCAGUCAAGACAUAACCACUCUCAGAUCGGAUUUCCCCGAUGUCAUGGAUCAUAUUCAGCCUCUGGGGGAUCUUAUUUUGAGUCCAGAUGAUGUCCAGGUCAAUCUGUGGAUUGGACGGGCAGGAAUCGUGACCCACACACACUACGACUGCACGUUCAACUUCUUUGUGCAGCUUCGGGGGAGAAAGCGUUUCACCUUAUUUCCACCUGACUCCCAGCUCUAUCUCUACCCCUGCCUCCAUCCACACUAUGGACACAGCCAGGUUGAUAUACAUGCUCCUAACCUAUCCAUUUUCCCGGAAUUUUCUUGGACAGGAUCCAUGGUGGCAGUGGUGGGGGCAGGAGACAUGCUGGUGGUUCCUCCAUUCUGGUUCCAUCACGUGGAAACACUGGAGGAGAGCGUGUCGGUCAACGUGUGGAGCAAUGCACCGGAAUACGCACUCAUCAACCGCAUAUAUGAGCAGCCCGUUCCCUUUGAAGAGGAGUGGACCUGGGAACUGAAAGGCAAGGCUGCCAAGAUCUACAUUGAAAUGUUGCUGCAGUCACUCGACGUCAACAACAGUUUUCUAUCGGACCUACUACACCAUAGAUAUAGGCCGGUAGUUUUGUCGGGAAAUUUCAAAGUUAGCGAGAAGGCACUGGACAUGAGUGAAUUUCUCUGUAAUAAAGUCAAAUGGCACGAGGAGACAUUACGACUGUCACCAAUCCUCGAACGUGGAGUUCACCUUAUCCAACCUUUAUUCGCCCUCAUCAGCACAAGUGGUACUAUGGAGAUCUGCCUUGGGAACUAUGUGGAGCAUUUACUACAUCUAGCAGUUGGCCUCGACUAUGUGUACCCAUUCCUGGAGAAAUGUUUCUGA